ACGGGGUGAGUGAGUGGGAGUGUCCGGUGAAUAAAAACUCGCUCCUCAUUCCUCUUAAUCACAAAUUUACAGUGUGAACAGAGGACUGUACGUGACCUGACGCUUGCUUUCACCAACAAACAGUCAGCCAGCAGGUUUAUGUCUUUGUGACUGCCGAUGGCUCAGUGGCAAGCCCUCCUGAAGCUGGACUCGGCACUCCAGAGCCGGGUGUGCCAGCUGUACGAGAAACGAUUUCCCAAAGAUAUCCGCCACUAUCUGUGCGUCUGGAUCGAGAACCAGGACUGGGAUUCAGCAGCUGUGGAUGAAAAUAGAGCCAGAACCUGUUUCCAGGCUCUUCUGGUGUUUCUGGAAGAACAGUGGAAACGUUCUAUCCAGGAGAACAUUAUUUUGCAGGGGCCUGAUUUUUCCAGUAUGAGGGACUACUUGCUGGCGCAUUUCCAAGAUGAGCCGCUGAACUUGGCCGUGCUCCUGUCUGAAUGCCUGAAGGAAGAAAAGCAAAUCCUGGCUUCGGUCUGUGAGGUGCAGAGUUGCAGCAAUCCAACAAUGGGACAAAGUUGGGAAAAGUUGGACAACCAAGUCAAUGAACUGAAGAGACAGACUUUGGAGAUCAGGAAGGAACUCAAGACACUGGAGGAUCUAAAUGAAAAACUGGACUUCCUUCUGAAGACCUGGACGCGUGAAGUGGAGGAGCAUGCUAGACUGGCCCAGUCCCAAGCUGUUUUUGAAGAGGAAUGUCAGAAACAGGCAUGGUUCAUCACACAAACCAAGCAGAUUGUCCAGCGUCAGCUGGUUAACAUUUUAAAGCAGACACACCAGGUCGUGGAGACUCUCACUGAUGUGGAGCUGCCGGAGUGGAAGCGCAGGCAGCAGCUGGCCUGCAUUGGAAGUCCAGCUGAGACCAAUUUGGACCUCCUUGAGAAGUGGUUUUCAACUGUUGCUGAAGUGCUGCUAGGAGUCCACGAACAGCUGAAGAAACUUCAAGACCUGAAUAGCAAAUACAGCAGCACUAAUAACAUCGACCUCCCCGCUUCGAUUUCAGAAAUCGAGAAAUUUGCACUGCUCUUGAUAAUGAAACUUCUCACAAACGCUCUGGUGGUCGUGAAACAGCCUGUCAUGCAGAAAUUUCCACAGCGGCCUCUGAUACUGAAGACCGGGGUGCAGUUCAGUAUGACAGUAAGGUUCCUGGUAAACAUCCCUGAAUUCAAGUGCAAGUUCAAAGUCAAACCUGUAUUUGACAAGGAUGUUGAAGAGGCCAACACAGUGAAAGGGUUUCGUCUCUUUGAUUUCAACAGGGACGACUGUAAGGUGUUGGACGAGGACACAGAUGGAGGCUUGAUGGCAGAAUUUGGGCACAUGUCUCUCAAGGAAAGAAAAUCAAGAACUAAAGGAUCAGCUGAGAACCGCCUGGGAGUUACUGAAGAGCUGCACAUCAUUAAGUUUGUGUCAGAGUUUCAGCACGCUGGACAAACGUGCAAUAUCGAGGCCAGCUCUCUUCCUGUGGUCGUCAUCUCCAGCACGAGUCAGGUCCCCAGUGCCUGGGCCUCCAUCAUGUGGUGGAACGUGCUGUCCACCAGUGAACCUUGGAACCUGUCGCUGUUCAUCAACCCUCCUCCACUCACCUGGGAGCAGCUGUCGCAGGCGCUGAGCUGGCAGUUUUUGACCGUUGGCCAACGAGGGCUUAAUGAAAACCAGCUCUCCAUGCUAAGAGACAAAAUUGUGGAUGAUCCUGACGGCCUGGUGCACUGGAGCAACUUCUCCAAGAAUGAAAAUGCCUGGAUUUGGAUUGAUGGCAUCCUGGAUUUGAUCAAGAAACACUUGGUGGAUCUUUGGCGUGAUGGAUCCAUCAUGGGGUUCGUGAGCAGGGAGAGGACACGCCUCCUGCUGCAGGAAAAACAGGCCGGUAAUUUUCUGAUCCGCUUUAGCGAGAGCAGCAAAGACGGCGCCGUCACCUUCAGCUGGGUUGAUCAGUCCAACGGUGAGCCUCAUGUGCAUGCAGUACAGCCCUACACCAAGAAAGAGCUGUCUGUGUUAACUCUGCCAGACAUCAUUUACCGUUACAGCCUGUCAUCCCAGCGAAGCAGAAAUCCUCUGGUCUACCUUUACCCCGACAUCCCCAAAGACACCGCCUUCGGACGCUACAAAUCCUGCGACCCAUCAGCACCUUCAGGGGAUGGAUAUCACCGCAGAAUACCUUCUUUUAUAUCAAACGAUCCUACGCCGCCUCCGUCCCCACCCAGUGAGACCCUCGUGAUGGACAUGGACAUCGAUGCAGAGAAAAAUGCUUACUUAGAUGAACUCAUCUCUUCUUUGGUUGACUCGCUUUCUCCAGCUGUCACCUGGGGAUCUCAUCUGGACACGUUUCAGCUCCAACCGCUAUCGCCUCAGAGCCUCUUUGCAGAUGGUAAAUGGGAGAGAAAAGAGAGAGAAGUUCACUCAGAGAUGCAGAAAGAUGUAAGAAAGAGGACAGGAGAGGAAGAAGAGAGGUUAGAUUUAAAGGUAAAGACUGGCAAAACAAUCUGAGGUAUGCUAACUUUGUGUAAUUCAAAGAUUAUAUGAAAACAGGUCAGUUUGCUGUACUGUAUUAACAGUAAAGCUCUGUGUUGGUGCACAGUGUCUGUGUUCAUGGUCAGUUACAGGUUACAUCAGUGUACCAGAAAUAUGUUUGAAUCAAAGCUGCUGAUGCUGAGAUUCAUUCAAUGACUUCAACAUUUAUACAACCUGAUACUUUCACUUUCUUACACUGAGUAAAUUUCAGAGCCUGUACUUUUUUACUUUUAUACUUAAGUAAAUAAGUACAAAUAAAGACAUACACAAGCACUUGUUCUUUUUAUUUAUAUUAUAUAUAUAUAUUAGGGCUGGGACUUUAACGCGUUAAUUUCGAUUAAUUAAUUACGGGGGAAAUUAACGAAUUAAAAAUUUUAACGCAUUUUA